CACUUUUACUUUCAUUUUCACAGAAACCGCGUUUUUCCAUGACUUUCUUGUCAUUUCAACCCUCCCUGUAACGACUUUUUUAUCUCUGAUCACCAGAGCAGAGGCAUCUGCUUCCUCCAUGGCGGAAAACGGAGAGGAAAAGUUAUUGGCAGUCGCUCGGCACAUAGCCAAGACGCUGGGCCAUAAUGAUUCCACGGCCGACGAUAUUCUGCAGAUCUUCUCCAACUUUGACGGCAGAUUCUCUCGCGAGAACUUGUCCGAGAAGUUGAGUGACGACGAUUCUCGAGGAGGCUGUGCCGCGCUAGAACACAAUCUUAAGUCGCUGGAGCGGCAGAUCUCUCACUACAUCGCUGCCGAUAAUCCGAUCUGGGCUGAUUCAGCGGAUUCUUCGGCUUUUCUCGAGGCUAUCGAAGAGUUGAUUGCUACCAUCCGGGACUGGUCUCCGAUGGCCAAUGAUAAGAGCGUUAGCGCGUGCUUAGUACGUGCGGAGGACUUGAUACAGCAGGCUAUGUUUCGCUUGGAGGAGGAGUUCAGGUCGUUGAUGGAACGUGGGGGCGAGUCGUUUGAACUGAGCCAGUCUACUCGAAACCCCGUGUCGUUUGACUCGGAGGAAGACGAAGAGGAAGAAAACGGAGGGCUCAUUGCGAACGAUGAGGACGAGGAGAUCCCUGUAGCUCAACCCAUCACUGGCUACGACAUCGUCAUCGAUCCACUCCCAUCGGGGACCAUCAAGGACCUGCACGAGAUGGCGAAGCGAAUGGUGGCCGCCGGGUUUGUCAAGGAGUGUUCGCAUGUGUACAGUAGCUGUAGGAGGGAGUUUCUCGAAGAAAGCAUGUCCAGGUUGGGUCUACAAGAGCUAAGCAUCGAGGAAGUCUAUCGAAUGCCAUGGCAGGACCUCGAAGACGAGAUUGAGCGCUGGAUUAAGGCGGCGAAUGUGGCGCUACGCAUACUCUUCCCCAGCGAACGCCGACUCUGCGACCGUGUGUUUUUCGGACUCUCAUCCGCAGCAGAUCUCUCCUUCAUGGAGGUCUGCCGCGGCUCCACGAUUCGGCUUUUGACUUUUGCCGAUGCUGUUGCUAUUGGGAGCCGGUCACCGGAGAGACUUUUCAAAGUCUUAGACUUGUUCGAAACAUUGAGAGAUCUGAUGCCAGAGUUUGAGUCUCUUUUUUCUGAUAAUUACUGUCUAAUCCUCAGAAACGAGGCCAUGAAAAUAUGGAAACGGUUGGCAGAAGCGAUUAGAGGGAUAUUUAUGGAAUUAGAGAAUUUGAUUCGCCGCGACCCGGCAAAUGCCGCCGUGCCUGGUGGUGGGCUCCACCCUAUUAGCCGUUACGUGAUGAAUUAUCUUCGGGCUGCAUAUCGGUCAAGGCAGACUCUGGAACAGAUUUUCGAGGAAAAUGUAAAUGCCGUUGAAAGAAUGGCAUCUUCCACUUCGUUAUCUCUGCAAAUGGCGUGGAUAAUGGAGCUGUUGGAGAGUAAUUUGGAAGUGAAGUCUAAGAUUUAUCGGGAUCCUGCCCUUUGCUCUGUUUUCUUGAUGAAUAAUGGGAGGUACAUCUUUCAGAAAGUGGAGGGAACCGAAUUGGGGUCUCUAUUAGGGGAUGAUUGGAUCCGUAAACACAUUGCAAAGAUAAGACAGUACCAUGUGAACUAUCAGAGGAGUUCAUGGAAUAAGGUAUUAGGAGUUCUGAAGCUAGACAAUACAACAUCAGCUCCUAAUGUUGUAGCAAAGUCUAUGAAAGAGAAAAUCAAGCUGUUCAAAUUGCAGUUUGAUGAAAUAUGCAAAACACAAUCUACAUGGGUUGUCUUUGAUGAGCAGCUGAAAAAGGAGUUAAGGGUUUCAGUGGCUAAAAUGGUAUUGCCUGCCUAUCGAAACUUUAUUGGAAGGUUUCAGAAUGUUCCAGAGGUUGGGAAGCAUGAACAGAAGUAUGUUAAGUACAGUGCGGAGGACAUUGAUGCUCAAAUUAAUGACUUGUUCCGGGGUACUAGUGGAUCUGCUGGUGACAGGAGGUGAGGUAAGCCACUACUGCUUUGUGCCAGAUGCUUUUCUUGUAGUUUAGAUGUUGCUUGUGUAAUGCAAUGCUGAUAAUUUAUGGUUAUGUACUUAUGUGAUAUAUGUCUGGAUGUGUAUGCUCAGCACCUUUGUUUCUCCCCCUCACUUGUGAUGAAGGGAAAUCAUGGACGGGGGAGCAACAUUAAUUGGAGAGGGCAGGUGUAAGGGUAGUCUCUGUAUAUGAUCAAUCAUGUUUUGUUUUCUGAAUGUUGGAUCAUUUUCUUUUAAAUGAAGAUAUUGUGACAUAUC